CCUUGAUGGUCAAAUACGUAGUAAUGGUACAAGGCAACAACAACAAUAUUCCUCAUCUAUUCCGAUGUCCUUAACUGCUAGAAACGAAGGACUUGGUGUCAAUGGUUUUCUGUAUAAUUCUGGAGUACGCGAAAGGGACGAGCAUUUAUCAGAUGAUGAGUCAUAA